GGUCACACUGCACACACACCACACCACACACACUGACACACACUACACCAAAAAAGAAAAACAGGCGAAAAACGCCCAGUAAAUUCGUGUCGGCAGAAAAAUUGUGCGGCCAGCAGAAGUGUUUGUAGAGUGGAGUCCAGCUCCAAACGCAAAACGCAAACGCAACCUGAAAGCGGAAAGCAGAAAGCACAGCCAGCCACUGCACUGCAACCGGACGGAGAGGACGGACGGAGCGACACAGCGACAUUCCAGCCAACAAGAAUAAGAAGCAGCAGGAGUAGAAGAAUAAGAAGAAGAAGAAGCAGCAGCAGCGGAGGAGGGAGGCCAAUUUACGUUGAUCAAUUAUGAAUUUCCUGGGCUUUGGCCAGUCCGCCGAGAUAGAGAUUGUCUUCGAUGGCGCCGAGCACAAGACGGCCGAGGUCAAGGGUGAGGAUGGCAAAGUGGAGAAAAUGCUGCUCUUCUACGAUGGCGAAACAGUGUCCGGCAAGGUAAAUGUGACGCUGAAGAAGCCGGGCAGCAAGCUGGAGCAUCAGGGCAUCAAGAUUGAGUUUAUUGGACAGAUCGAGCUGUUCUACGACCGGGGCACCCAUCACGAGUUCAAGUGCCUGGCCAAGGCACUGGCGCGUCCCGGGGAUCUCAUCCAGAACAACAGCUACCCGUUCGACUUCCCGAACGUGGAGAAGCAGUUCGAGGUGUACGCCGGCUCGAAUGUGAGGCUGAGGUACUUUCUGCGCGCCACGAUCGUGCGUCGGAUCAGUGACAUAACGCGCGAGGUGGACAUUGCCGUGCACACGCUGUGCAGCUACCCGGAGAUGAACAAUCCCAUCAAGAUGGAGGUGGGCAUCGAGGACUGUCUGCACAUCGAGUUCGAGUACAACAAGAGCAAGUACCAUCUGCGGGACACGAUCAUUGGCAAGAUCUACUUCCUGCUGGUGCGCAUCAAGAUCAAGCACAUGGAGAUAGCGAUCAUCAAGCGGGAGUCCACCGGCACCGGGCCGAACAUGUUCAACGAGAGCGAGACGAUCGCCAAGUACGAGAUCAUGGACGGGGCGCCGGUCAAGGGCGAGAGCAUACCCAUUCGGGUCUUUCUCGCCGGCUACAACCUGACGCCCACGAUGCGCGACAUCAACAAGAAGUUCUCCGUCAAGUAUUUCCUCAACCUGGUGCUGAUGGACACCGAGGAUCGGCGCUACUUCAAGCAGCAGGAGAUCACGCUGUGGCGCAAGGCGGACAUUCCCCGCUACCACGUCGCCCAGCAUCAGCAGCAGCAACACCAGCAGCAUCAGCACGUGCCGCUGCAUGCGCCACCCCAUCUGGUGAGUGGUCCGGCGGCACCCACAGUCGCCCCAUCCCUCAUCAACGCCAGCACGGCCACGGACAGCAGCGAGGGUGCGGCCACAGCUGGGUCUGCCAUUGGCGCUGGCGUGGGCGUGGGCGAUGGCGUGGCCAGCACCGAAUCGAAAAUGGGACUCUUCACCAGGGAGAGCCCCAACCAGGAGUUUAGCCAGCAGCAGCUCGACUCUCCACUGCCCAACUCGCCGCCGUUGACGCCCCCGAACGAGAGUCCGGUCGAGCGAGAGAUCCGCGUAGUGGAGCCAACAUCAACGCCGACGCCCACUCCAGCAGCGGCAGCGGCUGAAUCGGAUCCAAUUUCAGUUGCACCCGAACGGGGGAUGGGCGAUGGCGCCGCAGCGGCCACCGCAAGUGCCUCGCCGAUUGCCAUGUUGUCCAGCUCGCCGCCGCCGCUGCCCGUGCAGCUUACAGCAACGCAGGAUGCAGUCCCGGAACUGGAUUUAGACGUGGCCACUGAUCAAAAUGUUGGGGCUACGUCCCCGGCGGCAGCUGCGAAAAAGGUCAGCGCUACGCCACUGGCUGCCGAUUGAGAUAAAAGCGUGGAUCCGGAUCGGAUCGGGCUGGGAGUGGGAGUGGGCGGCUUGUAGUGGAAUGGCGGAGAAGGAAGAGGCAGAACUAUUUACGUAGCAGCAACAGCAGGAGCGGCAGCGGCAGCCAGCGAAAAUCUAUUUUUUUAAAGUUAAUUUAAAAAUUGUUACAAAAUGUUUUAUCGAGGUUACACACACACACCAAAAGAAACAACAAAAUAAUCAAACGAAGAGCAAAGCAUAGGAAGAGGAAAGGAAUGGAAGCCCAGGAAGGACACCAGAAAUGAAUGAAGGAAACCUCGUGGCAAGCAGGCAACAAACAGCCUUUAAAUCUCAAUCGAGGUGUUGGAGAGAUCAAUUCUAUUGGUAUUAUUGCUAGAUGAACGAUGAAUGUUGGAGAGAGAGAGAGAGAGAGAGAUCAGCGCUUGUUAACAUACCUAAAACAUCCCCACAAAAACCCAUAACCGAACCCCACUCUGAUCAUUCCCCGCCACCCCCACACACACCUCACGGUUUGCAGGCGUUUUGGUGAUUUUUCGAUUUAUCAAUUUGAGACAAAUUGUUGAAAGUGCUUUCUAAAAGUGAGAAUAGAUCUAUCUACCCCCUGAAAUUGUGCAUUAAAGUAAUCAAAGAAACAAACAAAA